UCUUAAGAUUUACUGCGCUUAUUUCAGGGUACAAUAAACGAAUUAAGGUUACAAUUGAAAAUGCGCUGAAAGAUAAUAAAUCAUAUAAAAAGGCAACGCAACUGAGGAAUGACAUUAUUGUCUUGCAAACCGACAAAAAUAUCUAAAAUGAAAUACUUCUCAGCCAUCCUCCUGAUCGCCGCCGUGGCCUCGGCCCAGCCCACCAGGCCCAGCAUCUCCGCCAUCCUCGGACAGCUCCACGAGGCAAUCUCUGCCCUGAAACCUGAACCCAUUGCCGUCGGACCCGCCGUCAUUGAAGCCAGCCCCGAGCCCAUCGCCGUCGGCCCCGCUAUCGUUGACCAGCCUCAGUACGAGCCCGUGUCCGUCGGACCCGCAUGGAUUGACGCUCCCAUCGCUCCUUCUCCCGUGGCCAUCGUUGAUGGAUCCGCUGUCGCCGAUGUGUCUGCUGCUGCUCCCCUCGUUCAGAUCAUCCUGAACAUCAACCAGGCCUCUGACCUCAGCCCCAUCGCCGUCGGCCCCGCCGUCAUCCCCGAGCCCAUCAUUCCUACACCCGUCCAGGUUGUGGAAUCCGCUCCUGAGCCCGUGCAGGUUGUGGAGGUCGCCCCCGUCCCCGCUGAGCCCGUCCAGGUCGUCGAGGCUGCCCCCGUGCCCGUGGAGCCCGUCGUCAUCGGCACCCCCGUGCUGCCCGAGGCCGCCGUCGUCCUUCCCGAAGAACUCAACUAAAGAAACAAAGACUCUCCUUUAAUUUACAAACUCUUAUAAAUAAUGCACUACUCAUGAUUACUAUAAAUAUAUAAAUAAAAUACAAUUAUUAUAUAA